AUGCCCCAUCCUGAUGUCAGACCUAGACCACCAUCUUCCUCCUCCGCCGUCUCCAUCCUGCCGGGCGGCGCCGCCGCCGCCGACGAUGAGCCCAUCUCUGCCGUGUAUGGAGGCCGGAGCGCCAUGGCGGACCUGGAGUCCUGCGAACUCCCAUCCUGCGUAGGGCAACACCACGCGCGACUGCUCAGGCUAGGGUUUCUCCAUUCCUUCUCCUCGCCGUUCCACUGGAACUGCCUCAUGAGAGGCUACCUCCGCUCCGGCCUCCCGCCGGCAGCGCUCCGCCUGUACCUCCUCAUGUCGCGCGGCGGGGUGCCGCCGGACUCCUACACUGUGCCCAUCGCGCUCAAAGCCGCGUGCCACCUCUUCGCCAUCUGCCUGGGCCGGCAGCUUCACUGCGUCGCCUUGAAGCGCGGGCUCGAGAUGAACGAAUUCUGCGAGAGUGGGAUUAUCUCCGUCUACUCCAAAGCCGGCGACUUCACUAAAGCGCGGAAGAUGUUCGACGAAAACCCCCAAAGAAAAUUGGGCUCCUGGAACGCCAUCAUCAGCGGGCUCGCUCAGGGGGGGAGUGCAGCGGAGGCGGUGGGGCUGUUCCUCGAGCUGCGAAAGAGCGGGCUGCUACCCGAUGACGUGACCAUGGUGAGCGUGGCCUCUGCGUGCGGCAGCUUGGGCGAUCUCGAACUGGCCCGGCAGGUCCACAAGUGCGUCCUCCAAGCCCGCCACCGGCGGCCGCCGCCGCUGCCGGCGGCGGCGACCGUUAUGCUCGAGAACUCCCUCGUCGACAUGUACGGCAAAUGCGGCCGCGCGGACCUCGCCGGCGCGGUCUUCUCUAGGAUGCGCCACCGCGACGUGUCGAGCUGGACGGCGAUGAUCGCGGCGCUGGCAGUGCAGGGGCGCGCGCAGGAGGUCGUCGAGCUGUUCCGCCGCAUGCUAGCGGAGGGCGUGCGGCCGAACCAUGUCACGUUCGUCGGCGUGCUCAGCGCCUGCGCGCACGGCGGGCUGGUGGAGGAGGGCAUGAGGUUCUUCGCGCGCAUGGCGGGGGAGUUCGGCGUGGAGCCCGCGGCGGCGCACUACGGCUGCGUGGUGGACAUGCUAGGCAGAGUCGGGAGAGUGGAGGACGCACGGAAACUGCUUGACGGAAUGCCUACGAGAGCGAACGCGGUGAUCUUGGGGACGCUCCUGGGGGCCUGCGAGAAGCACGGCGGCGUGGAGGUGGCGGAGUGGGCGGCGGCGAGGCUGGCGGCGCUGGAGCCCGGCAACGACGGCGUGUACGUCGUACUGUCGAAUGUAUACGCCGCCGAGGGGCUCUGGGAGGAUGUGGCGCGGCUAAGGCGGUUCAUGAGGGCCAAGAGCUUGGCCAAGGUCCCCGCCUACAGUGUCGCCUCCGUUCUUCCCCUCUAA